AUGGAGUUUGUUUCAUCUGAAUUGUCAGGCACGGAUUCUGUUGCUUCAGAUCGGACAGAUACGGCGUUGUUUACUUCCGAGUUUCUCGCUGCUCGUUUGUCUACGCUCGAAGUGUGUGUUAGUGAUCUAUAUUGCCGUGUUCGCCCUGUGUACGGAGGUGAGUCCCGCCUGCAUGAGCGAGACCAGCUGUAUGGGCAUGGUGACAAAGUUUCUCAAUCGAAAAUGCGCCGCCUGCGGGCGAAACGUACCAGGUAUCGUUUGUGGUCCACGGCUCGGGGGCCAGAUUCGUCGUGCCUUGUUCGCGCGGGUAUUUGCGCGCCCAGAUAUUAUCGGAAUUUCUGCUCGGACGAUUCUGAGGAAGAGGAAUGGGUUGAGCACACUUGUGGAACACAGACUGAUAUGGAUGCUGUUGAAUUGGCUGGCAACUCUUUGUGUUCGCAGUGUUCCGAUUGUGGGACUCAGACAGAUCCCUGUGUUCACAUUGCGUGUGGGACUCAGACUGAUCGUUGUGUUCUCUUUGUUGGUGAGGAGGAGAAGGAGGAGUGUCAUCGAGUGCGCGUUGAUCGGGGUGAUGCUUCUCCCAGAAUGAAGAGAUAUUGUUUCAAACGAGCGGAGGCUAUCGAGAGUUCAAAGUUGCGCACUUCAGAAUGGCAUGCGACCAACGGGAGUGCGGUGGAGAGUACCGCUGUUUGGAGUUCAGUUGAUGCAGUCGGGAGUUCCAGUGCAGUCGGGAGUUCAACAGUUCGGAGUGCAGUAGGAAGUUCCACAGUUCGGAGUUCCGCUGAUGCAGUUGUUGGUGCAGUUGGGAGUUCAACACCUGGGAGUUCUGCAGUUGGGAGUACCGCGGUUUGGAGUUCAGCUGAUGCAGUAGGGAGUUCCAUGAAUGGGAGUUCUGCAGAUCGACCGAGUGAGACACGCUCUGAGUGUCAAGCUGCCAGGGACUGGGCCCUUGUCGGUGUCGAUGUAAGUGCUCUUUGGCGUGAGCUACACCGGCUCCCGAGACAGGAGUUUCAACGUAGGAUUGAGGCUCUUAGUGCAUACAGGCUGCAAAUGGGAAUUGGAAGUUCCGAGGAGGAUGAUUCGCAACAGGGGGGUCCUCAGAGUUCUACUUCCAGGAGUGCAUUGACGCGGAGCGGCAAGGAGCAUCGGAAACGGCACAGAUGA